UUGAAAACAGCUCCGCUAGAAAACUAACAGGAUGAAUGUAGUUGUGUAGUCAGAGUAGAGCGGAGCUCUGCCGUGGUCUGUGGAUUUGUUUAUACUGGACGGGUUACGUGAUAUUGAUCGUCACUGUUUUUGUUCGCGGGCUGAGCCACAGGGCUGCUCUUGUUUACCUCAGGGAAUAACUGGAGAUGGAUGAUUUCUGGGCAGGUGCCCUUUGGGCACUGAAGAUUUGGCUGUACCUCAUAAUCAGCCUCAUCAUGAUUCCAGCCAUGUUUGGAUUCUCGCUGGGCAUUUCCGAGACCUACAUGAACAUCCUGGUCAAAACUUUGGAGUGGGCCACUCUGAAUAUGCAGAAGGCAAAUUCAGAUGAAAGAACACUCAAGCCCUCCUCAUCUAAUGGGCUCAUCCAAAGGGAAAAUGGAUCAAUGGAGAAAGAGCUGGAGGAACUUAGACAAAGUCGCCCCAAACCGCCAGUGGGUGGCGAUUUCACACUCAGUGAUUGUUUCUAUUUUACCCGACGUGGGAUUGAGAGUAUUGUUGAUGAUGAGGUGACCCAGCGGUUCACUUCUGAGGAGCUGGUAUCCUGGAACUUACUGACACGUACCAACAAUGAUUUCCAGUACAUAAGUCUGAAGCUGACGCUGGUCUACGGUCUUGGCAUCAUUGUGAGAUACUGCAUCCUUGCUCCCCUCAGGAUAACACUGACCAUUAUUGGCCUGAGCUGGUUGGUAAUAGGAACAUCUGCAGUUGGAAUGCUUCCAAAUUGGAGGAUAAAGUUCUGGCUUAGUGAAUGGGUCCAUGUGAUGUGCUACAGAAUCUGUGCUCGAGGACUCUCUGCCACUAUCCGCUAUCACAACAGGGAAAAUAAACCCAAAAAAGGAGGAAUCUGUGUUGCCAAUCACACUUCCCCGAUCGACAUUGUGAUUCUGUGCAACGAUGGCUGUUAUGCUAUGGUGGGUCAGGUCCAUGGUGGUCUGAUGGGAGUUGUUCAGAGAGCCAUGGUGAGGUCCUGUCCUCAUGUCUGGGUUGAAAGGUCAGAGAUGAAAGAUCGCCAUCUAGUGACCAAAAGGUUGAGAGAUCAUGUGAAUGACAAAACAAAGCUUCCCAUAUUGAUAUUUCCAGAGGGAACUUGUAUCAACAACACAUCUGUCAUGAUGUUUAAAAAGGGAAGUUUUGAAAUUGGAGCAACAAUAUACCCAGUAGCCAUUAAGUAUGACCCAAAGUUUGGAGAUGCUUUCUGGAACAGCUCCAAGUACAGCAUGGUCAGUUACCUGCUGAGGAUGAUGACUAGCUGGGCCCUUGUAUGCAACGUCUGGUACCUGCCAGCCAUGCACCAACAGGAGGGUGAAGAUGCAGUCCAGUUUGCCAACAGAGUGAAGUCAGCCAUUGCUCACCAGGGAGGACUCGUAGAUCUACAGUGGGAUGGAGGCCUGAAGAGAGCAAAAGUGAAAGAGACAUUCAAAGAGCAGCAGCAGAAGAAGUACAGCAGCGUGGUGGUGAGAGAUGACAGCAGCAGCAACAGCGACUGAGAUCCUCAGUCAGGCCAGUAAACAAGCCCUUGACUUGUGUUGGAGCAUAUCUACUGGAAAAACACCACGCUUCUCCAGUGUUUUCACUCUGCCUGUACCUGACUGGGAAUACACUACAGCGAUACUUCCUCAAACACUGUGAAACUUAGGUACAGCUAAAACGGGGGAAGUCUCAGUGAUUCACAGAUAACACAAGUGCAAUACAUUUUGAGGAACUGAAAAAGGAAAGCUCUCUGUGUUUACUGCUGUUUAACAUAUAUCACAACAAAGGUUUGGGGUCAUUUUAGCAUUUCAUAGUU